AUGGAGAUUCAUGCGAUUGACAAUAUAUCGAAAAUAUUUGGAUUACCUCAUCCUUUUCUAACUGAACCUAAUCAAGCUUUUACACCAUUAGAGACUUGGCAACAACUUACAGCGUUAUUGGCGACACAAUUUGUCAAGAUUACGCCAUUGGGUUAUUAUCGUACUCUUGAUAGCAUUGACAUUUAUGUCUUUGAAUGCUCUAUCUGUUGUGAUACUAGUAGCUAUAGACGCUAUUGUUGGAAACUAUAUCGACGUUAUCGACAUUUUCAAAAGUAUAUUGAACACUCGUCCGAGUUCGUACCCAAUCGAUCCGUGCGUGUACCACGUCUCGCCCAGACUUAUUUUAAGAUAUUUCAUGCACAACACUGCAAAGAUCGGCUUGUGGAGCUUUAUCAAUGGCUGAAAAAAGUGGUAGAAAUCACGCAAACAUAUUGUCAGCAAUUGCAUCAAAAACACGAGAUGCAGGAAAAGGUCAAGCUACGUGCUCUACAACAGCAAAGAUUGGCACAAGUUGGCAAAAAGACUGCGAAACAAGAGCAUACUGGAAAAAGUCAUUGCAAUACUGCAGAUGGAGCCAUGUCAAGCAUGAGCACAAGCAGGUUACGAACACCGUCAAAAAUGAACUUGACGACUAGUACGAGACGAUGGAGUAGUGUUAGCAUGCAGACUAUUGAACAACGAGGAGAUCCAGUGUUGUGUGUGCUGAAAGCGGACAAGGAAGAGGUUCUUCCGAUGGUAAUGCUAAGUUGUUUCUUGUUUGCGGGGGCAAACUGUCCAUUCCCGCACGUGUUUCGGGGUAUGCCAAGUUUUGCUUUGGCUAUGGAAGAAUUGAAUGUGCAGCUUACAGAAGCAGUACCGGCUGCCUAUCCGUCCAAAUUAAACAACUCACAGACAACAAGAACAGGUUUAGGAUUGAGGCUGACCCCGAGUCACGAGCAAGAGGGGCAUUUCUUGGGGGCUACUGUAGCAGGAUUUCUUCGAGACCAACAUGAGCUGGACCCAGCACUGGCGGGCGUUCCAGUUGGAGCAAGACUAGUCCAAGUAAAUGGCAUCGAUGUGAACGUUUUGCCUUUUGAUCAGGUGCUGAUUCAGCUACGCAGCUUGGGUCUACCUCUGCGUCUUCGAUUUGUAUACAACCCAUACUUGAAUCGUCAAAGAAGUAGCUCGGUGACGUUGCGAAACAGUGCUGAUGCUACGCCUGCUGCAAUUAGCGAAAGGCAAAGAGUAACGUUGAGUGCUGGGCAAAGAGGCAGUGGGUAUCCGGCGGUAGACUCAGUCGAGAUUAGGAACUCUCAUACAGAUGCGAAUUGCCGAAGUUACAGUGUCGAUGCCCAUCGAUCGAAGCCUGGUCUCUUUGGUUUAGUGUUUGGUGAGUUAUUUGGUGCUACAAGUGGAUCUGAGGUGAGCACAGCUCCGAGUGCAACAAAUGGGGUCAGUGCUGGUAUGAUGAAUGCUAGUGGCAAGCUGCAUGGCGAGAUAGCUGAUACAACGUUUGGUUCUGAUUACCACUUAUCGUUUAACGGCAGUGGAACUAUUCUUUUUUCUUGGGAUGACAUUAAUGGGAGAUCACGUGACCUUAUUCUGCGUGGAUUCUUUUCUUAUUUGCCACAGUCAUUUAUGCGUGAACUUCGUCGAAAGCGUCGUGCGGAGAUGAAAGCGAAACCUAUGUUACCUGAACAUUAUACAAACGACAGCGACGAUAGUGACGAAAGUGACGACAACCAGUGUUGUGAAGAGAACUCGGCAAACUUGGGGCAUAAGGUGCACGGUGUCUGGAGCACUGCGACUGGCCCAAUAGGACUUUCGUUUGGAGCGUGCAAAAUUUGUGACGUCGAAGCAGCGAUGCUAGAGGCAUCACCUGCAUUUUUUUCGUUCAGACGCGAGCAUCAAGGCAGCGAGAGGCAUUUGUGUAAGGGUUUUAUCUUGAUAUCGAUCAACAGCGAGAGCACUUUUGGUGUUUCUUUUGCCAUGACAAUCAAUCGUCUGCGUUCGGCUUCACGCCCCACAAGUUUGUGUUUCCGUUGGUACACGGACUUCAGUCCAUACUUGGAGACAAAAUUGGUUAAGAAGAAUGAAAGCAGCAAUAAUCGCUCGACCAGCUUGCGCAAAGCACACGCGAUCAAAGCUAAUGCAUUUGUGAACAAUCUGGACUGUGUGGCAGAAGCCCAGACCGAUUUGAGUAACAGUUUGCAGCUCGCUUUGAUCGAAAAUGCAUCGAUCCGCGAUGAGAUUGGGGUUCUUCAGGAUGCUCACCGCAAGUUGCGGCUUGCACAGGAGUACUCGGCUCAGCGUGAACGCUGUCUACAGGCAAACAUUGAGCAAAGCGAUGUUUUAGUUGCCAGGCUCAAGGACGAUAUAAAGGUGCAGCGCCAACAGCUAGAGAAAUUGCGUCUACGUGCACAGGAGGCCGAGAGCGAGCUAGCUAUGAACCGAAAAGAGUAUGAAAUUAUGCUCAAGGAAGCACAAGAGUGCGCAAAGGCACGACUUGCGGAGCACGAGAAAGAUUUGGUAAAGGAAUCGAACCGAUCAAUUAAUGACGCUAAGCAUCGAGCAGAAGAUCAUGCGAAAAAGAUGCUAGAGAUGGCAGCAAUUGAAAGUCAACGCAAACAUGACGAGUAUCUUCAGAAGCUUGCAGAGGAGCAUUCAGAUGAGGUGGAAAGUCUUAUGCAGCAAGUAGCAGUAUGGCGUCAUCAAGUGGAAGUGUUGACGGAAGCAGAGAAGCGGAAUUAUGCAGCAUUAGUGAGCAAUGGUGUGAAUCCAUACACGAGAUAUUGUCACCGCUCACGCUUUGGUUACACAAGUACAGACUUGCCCGAUGCAGAUUGGAGAUUACGUGACAAGAAGAAUGAUCGUCAACGUAUAGAGGGCUCAACUAUGACGACUUGUUGUGCUUCUUCUACUACGAAAUGGCAUGAUAGUAGUAAUCCAUUGGAUAAGAUCACGAUGGACAAGGGUCACGCGUUUUCCAGAUCGUCGGAUCAGUUGAUACAGUCAAAAAAUAGUACAUUUUGGGAUCGCAUGGUGUCACUAUUGGCCACAGAGUAG